AUGUCGAAUCCCGAUUAUGUCAUAGAGCUCUCAUCAGAAGAAUCUGGCAGUGAAAACGAUGUCGAAAUAUUAGAGUUUAAAAAAGUAUCACAGGACUUGAUAGAUCAUCCACAGCAAUCGGCACAAUUAAGCAAACAAUUGACUGACGUCCAAUGCCCUAUAUGUCUAGACCAGGUUGACAUUGCCACUGUCGCUUCCUGCGGACAUAUAUUCUGCUUAGAAUGCAUCCAGCAGAGCAUUGCUAGUUCGCAUGCUAGAGGUCAGGUUAAAGGAAGGCGAGGUAUUGGCCUCUGUCCUCUAUGUCGAAAGAGAGUUUCUUUCAAAGAUACCAUAGUGUUAAGAUUAAAAGUAGCUACAAAGGCAGAUCCGCCAGUAUUACCCCCAACUGAAGAUGAUGAGCAAAAAGUAGACAUAGAAUCGUUUGGCACUAAAUAA